AUGGCUGAUCAUGCAGGUUGUAGUCCAUACAGCCCGGGGCUGGAUGCUGAGGAUUCCUUGCACCUUGCUCCCGCGCCCACUGGGAAGAAGCGUAUUCCGGUGAAAUGCGAUGGGGAAAGACCAUGCACGAGAUGCCAGAAACUAGAGAAACAAUGUAUCUUCUUCGAAAUACCAAAAGACCCCGUCUCAACAAGAAUUGAGGGUGUCGAGUCCGAGGUUCAGUAUCUCAGACGACAGUUAGAUGAGAUGCGCGAGCUGCUUCAACAAAGCCGCGCUCACACAACGCCGAAAUCCCAAGUAACACACUCCCCAAAUCAACCCCGUGAUCGGCAAGCACAAGUACGCCGUGAGAGCUUCUGCGGCUCUUCAUGCUCCCAAUAUACUCACUCACAGGAUCAUGUCCAAGAUGGUCUUCCUACUAUUCCAGUCCCAGGGUCCGGUGGAUACAUGAAUGGUCAUCAGUAUCAACGAUCCAUGCCGUCUAUACCAACCCUCUCUCCCAAUGAGAUUGCCACUCAGCCUAUCUAUGGAGUUUCGAAUCAGAUUAUUACUCGUCCACUAAAGAGGAAACGGUCCGGCUUCGAGAUUCGGGAUGAACCUAUUGCCGAUUUUAUUGAUAAAGGUCUCAUUACACCGGAGUAUGCUGUUUCUUAUUUCAACACAUUCUUUGGAGGAUGCGACAGAUACAUCCCUAUCUUCGAUCCGGAAUACGAUACGUUCGACUCUGUUCGGUCGAGAAGUAGCAUUCUUCUCAAUGCUAUAUGCACGAUUGGCUGCAUGGUUGAGACAAGAUCUGGCGGCCCAAUGUCCGACAUGUUACAUGCAGAACUAAAAAAAUGGAUAAACGUGAUUGUCCAAAACAAACAACUAAAUUGCCUCGAGUCCGUGCAAGCGAUGCUCGUCGUCGCGUGCUACUCAUCCGAACGCUCAUUGAUCUUAUCAUUCGCUACUCGCAUGGCCCUAGAUCUAGAGUUACACGAAGCCUUUGAUGAAUUGACCCAGCGUCUUGCCAUCAAGAAUGAUGAUAUGGCAUAUGCCUUGCCGCAUCAGAUGUUCGAGGAGGAGAGGGCUUUGAUGUGGAAGGCGAGGACUUGGUUUGGACUCUUGGUUUUGGAGCAUAUGUGA